AUGAAGAGCGUCGACGAGGCCGGGACGCUGCAGGCGCAACUUGCGCGCCUACCAGUGACGGAGCAUGCCAUUCUCCUCAACCGCUUUAAGUUCCUCAGCCUUGUGCAGCGUGUCGCGGCAGCGGACGUGGCAGAGAUGAUCCAUACUGUAGGUCUCGACGCAUUGUCGUACAAGGGCGCUCUUCAGAAUAUGCCCCCACCACCAUGCAUGGGUGCAGUAGAAGAACCAACAGCAGAUCGACCGUAUACUCGAAGUGCCAUGCGCCGAGGCUCUCUGCAGGAAAGAGGCGGUUACCGACAAGCAGUAGCAGUAUCUGCAGCAACUAAUGGAUUGUCGCCAGAAACCACCCAACGGCAGCGUUUUACAAGUCGCGAGAAGGAACAAGAGUUCAUAGAUCGCAUGACACAACCACAGCGGCGCCGGGAUCCACUGGACGCCCAAAUUCGAAAACACCCGCGCGGCCGCUACGGCGAGGGCACUUCUCCCCUUCGCGAGGUGCCGUCACUGCCGAUACGCCGCACUGCAAACGGCACCGUUGGCAAGUGGAAUGAACAAGCGGAGGCUGACGGCGGCGAUGCUGCUUUUGUGGACGUAAGUCACGAAAGCGACGCAGUCGUGGUGGACUCGAGCGGCGACUGGCAGCACUACGAGGUGGGACGGGGAAAGCCUCACUCUGGCGGCCGACAUCGCCCACAGAUGGCGCCACCGCGCCCAGUGGAGCGAAGCGCAAAGGAAGAAGCAGUGGCAGUUCACAACACGGAGCGGCGGAUCGCCGCCCCCGCCGCGUCACCCGAGACUGUGACCAAAAUGGGGCGGGUGCACGUGCCGACCGCUGUCAGCAAGAGCGAUGAGACCGCAAACCACUAUGAAAAUACGCCCCCUCUCUCGCUUCACCCUGAUACGUUAAAAAAUCCGUCGCUGGAGGUUUCGACGCCGCGCACUUUGCAGGGCUCUACUACACGGAGUCGUGGGCCUUUUGCACCGAAAGCGAAACCGAAAGCCGCAGCGGAGGUGCCACGGGUUCCGAUGGAGGUGAUACGCCACGCGUCAGCGCUGCUGGCGAAGAAAAAUACCGCCGCACUACCACUGUCACCCCGACCGCUCCAAGAGCCGCUGCCUGCUACUCCAGCGGCACAAGAGAGCACGUCGUGGGACUCACAGGUGGCGCCCUACGGCUACUCAGCUUCGCAGUUUCAGUCAGUGAUACCGCCGGCGCUGCGUGGUGGUAAAAAAGAAGAACAUGAAGUACAACAGGGACAUACACAACCAGUCGCGGCGUUGUCGAGUUUGCCAGAUGACGCACUUGCGGAACUGGCGUCCUGUGUGGAGCGAAUGCUGCAGGAUCAUCGCUCCAUAUUGGAUGGUAUCGUGAAGGAAGAGGCGACACCGUCGCCAGAUGUGCCGAAGAUAGCACGGCCAAUAGAGAAACCAGGGCGCGGCAGCAAUGCCGAUAACAGUGUUGAUAGUUCUGGUGGCAAGACACUAAGGGCAGGGCGUGCGCCACUGCGCGGUGCUGAUAACAUGAGCUCGGCCCAUGUUCUCCAGGCCGCCCACGAUAUGCUGGAGGACUUCAGUGACGAGGAGGAUGAGCUCCUGUUGGUGAGCCGUCUCCAGCGACAGGUUGGCGUGAUGGGUCGUGAGUUGGAGGUCAUUGAGGAGCGGGAGAAACACUACCACCAUACCUUUGGUGAAGAGGGUGAGGAAGACGAGGAUGAGGAAAGUGAGGGAGCACACCGUGUGGUGGUAUCACCUAAGCACCCCGGCCGACGCGUGGUUUUUGCCGAUCCGAGGAAAGCACCGCAGAAAAGCCGGCGGCGCCGUGGUGAGAUGCCGCGUGCCAUUUUUGAGCGUCUGCGUUCUUUCCAGAAGGAGAACCGCGAGUAUGUUCGAUACACCGAGAGGGAGUGGAACACCUCCAAUGUGACGGAGCAGGUGUUUGCGCACCGUCUCACGGACAGUCUCGUUGAGGACACCUUCAAUGAGGUGAUUGAGGAGGUGGCGGAUAUCCUCGACACGUACGUGGAGGGGCUGGCAUCGCACGAGCUGCAUUGA